AAAAGGCCGCGCUCGGUUCUCUCCUCUAGUGCGGUUUCGCGCGGCGGAACCGGCGGAUUGUGUUUCCCCGUGGGCUGGCACGCGGAUCUCCACCCGAAGGCUGCCCACCAGGUCGGGCCACCGGGAUCGGGUCAUCGCGAUUAUCGCCGGACGAUGCGCGCGCGUGCGCGCGCGCGCGCGGAAAAACGGGCGCGAGUCAGCUGAGUGAAAUUCGAGUGGACGAUUCGUUUCCCCGACCGAGGCGGGUAUAAAUCGCGCGAACUGCGCGACGCCGGUAAUGAAUCUAAUGGGAACGGAGAGAUAAAAAUAGAAUUCCAGCGGGAAUCGAUCGCUGUGUGCGGAGAAUAAAUUUCUCUCACCGGUGGGAACCGGCGAGCGACGAGUCGCUCUCCCCGCGGGAAGUUAAUUGCGCGAGUGUGACGUGUAACGGUGACGGUGCGUGAGUUUUGUGUACGGAUCGAGAGGGGUGAUCCGCGUUCCUCGGCGCUGUGGGGAGCGUGAUCGCUCGUUUAAACUCAUUUUCGCGGACGGGAACAAUCGCGUCUCCGCAGUCCGUAGUAGCGUGUUCGCGCGAGCGCGGAAUGAUUCAUCGUCAAUUCGUCUCGAAAGUGCGUAUCGAUCGCGAUUCUUUCCUCCUUAUCGCUGUUCCUGGGAUCUAUAGCCGCGGUGUAUAGCACAGCGAGGAGUCCUAGAAAUAGAGGAGAAUAGACAGACGGAUAGAGAGGCAGAGGGAGAGAGAACUGUGUGAAUGAUACAGCUAUAAUUGGCACUGCAAUUUCUCCGCGAGGCGGCGCGGAGCCGUGAUUGAAUCACCCGAAAACAAACCAAAUCUCGAGUUUCCCGUGAAAGUGGCAAGAAUUCCACCCCGCCGACUCGAUCGAAGACAGAUGUUGGCCCGGCGCCGUGACAGUGCAGUUUCGACGCGUUAUCGGGAAGAGAGAGAGCGAUGCGUUCUCUCCUGCUACGUUCGUCAGCGAGGGAGAUAAUAUCGACCAACAAAGAGCGGAGUCGCGCUCGCAACGACGACGAAGACGACGACAACGACGACGACGACGACGACGACGGCGACGACGGCGACGGCGACGUCGUCACGAGAUGUAACGAGAGCCGACGAACGGCGCGGCGCAAAUAUCAAAGCUAUAAUAACCCCGAAGUCGGUCGCCGAAAUUAAAGUCAUUCGUCGUUCCCUGUUGGACGCGUGCCGCCUAUCGCCGUCCGGUCUCUGUCUCCCUCUCGUCCUUUUUCUCUCUCCUGGAGACGGACACUGUGUGCAUACGCGCCCGCCGUGCACAAAGUUCCGACGUGACGAAGAAGCCAGCAACCGAGGGAAUCCGAGAUGGCGAGCGAGGUGAUGCUGGCACCCACGCCGGCGCCCGGCGCUGCAUCGUCCGUGCGGGAGAUGGACGAUGUCAGAGAUAUGGUUAGAAGCGAGACCGUCAGCACGAUUUACGCGAAACAACGUGCCUCCGUGAAAUGGCUCUUGUCAAAGGCGUACAACAAUCGAGUGCCGGAAAAACUCCGCGAGCCGUAUUACCGUGAUCAUGAGGAGCAGGAACACCUGAAGCCGCAGAUCGUCCAUGCACUUUCCAACGCAGAGCUGUAUUGCCUCGCAUUGGCCAACAUAUACUCGGAUCCAAAUUAUCACAAUCAGAAUCACUGCGGGAUCCUGCAAGCUCUGGCCAGGAAAGGCGUCUACGUUGCGGAACAGAACAAUACUCAGCUCACCGAAACGAUCCUCAUUCAGAAUUCACCACUUAAGAUGUCCGCGCAUAUGGCUGUGAUAGAAGGCCUGAUGGUCUUGUACGCGAAGGAGGUGGUGACGGGUGACCGAGUGGUCUCGGCGAUACGACGGUUCGAUCCCCAAGCCGAGGUGGACGUGCCGUCAGAUCACGAGAAGGGGCUCCUGCUGUGGAUCAAUCACGCGUCGCACGCGCUGAUCGCGAAGAUCCAGACCGAGGAAGGUGCCGGCGACAAGACGCGAUUGCCCGAAUUACCCGCCGCCAAGGACUUCCAGUCUCUCUGCGAUGGCGUCGGUCUGGCUGCCGUUGUCGCCUUCUAUUGUCCCAGCGAGCUCAACUGGAUAGAGAUCAGGGUGUCGAAGAGACCUUCAGUGGCGGACGCGCUGCACAAUCUCUCGCUGGUGCACGCGUUCUGCGUCAAAUGUCUGCCCUAUUCGAUAUUCCACAUGCAACCCGAGGAUGUCACGUACAUGAGAGGGUCCAUGAAACAGAACUUGGUCGUUUUCUUGGCGGAUAUGUACAACGUUUUGGAGAUCCACCCGGCGAAAUGCGUGCGUUAUCCGGGGGAGGAGCGGGCGAUGCAAUACUUAGAUGCCUGCCCGCGCAAUAGUCAUGGCGUAGCUCAUAAGAGAAGUCUGCCACAGUCUAUAGCUCCGAUACCUGAUCUGAGAAGCAACCUCUCCGUAUCCGCGCCAGGCUUCACAGUUGCCAAGUCAGCCCCGAGCGCCACUGUGAAGAAAUCGCAAUCUUUACAACAAACUACCGAGAGUCGUCCUUACGACGACAGGCGCGCAGGUAGCGAGGAGAGUUUCGUGGUGCAUCGUGGCAAAGGCGUACCCACCCUGAGCUCCGUGGCCGACGAGAAGUCCGCAGCUAGAGCUGAAGCCGCUGGUCGGCCGAGUAACUGGGAAGAACAACGACGAAGCUCAUACGCUGGCCGUCGGUCCAGACGAAACAGCAUCACGGAUGAUUCUCAGCUUACCAUUGAGAACUUUGGCGGGUCUCAGGAUAAUUUACACAAUUUUGGUAGAAAUCCGGAUAAAGAGGUAGGGGCGCACAUCGGCAAGCGAAGCACCACCGAGCCGACGUUACCCGCACGAUCCAGCGUCCAGGACGUAUACGGCAGCGGCGUGCAGCAUAUACUGUCGGACAACGGUUAUGGGGUGGGCGAGGAACCGUCGAGAUUGCGACGGCAGGCGUCCAACUCCAGUCUGGAUAACGUCGCUCUCAGGCAGAUCUUACAUUCCAGCGAGAACGACGGCGCGGAAGGCGGCGGCGAGGCGAUGGCGAAAAUGGCCAGUUUUGCGAAUCUGAGUAGGCAGAGUUCAGAGAAAGGGAUCAAUUUCACAUACACGGAGCAGGAGCGAGAGGACACAAUCGCUAAGCCGAGUCUCACAAUGAAGAAGCACGGCCAGAGCAACGGCAACGGAAACGGUGAGAAGAAAACGACGUUCGCCACACUGCCCAACACGACCACGUGGCAGCAGCAGAGCAGCCAGCAGUCGCAACAGAUGGAGCAACAUUCUGCUGAUGAGAACGGCGGUAAUACGGUAAUGGCCUCGCAGCUGAAUAAUAUACGGCUCAAGCUGGAGGAGAAACGACGGCACAUAGAGAAUGAGAAGCGACGAAUGGAAGUGGUGAUGUCGAAGCAACGGCAGAAGGUGGGCAAAGCGGCGUUCCUGCAAGCGGUCACGAAGGGUAAGGUUAAAUCUCCCUCUUCGUCAACGUCCGGGGGGGACAGUCCGGCCGAGAUCGGUCCCCCCACUCCUGUAACCUCCGGAUCUUCCGGGGAGACCCCGACGAGCGUUUCCGAGGCGUCCUCUGUACCCCAACAACCCCCUCAAGAAAAACCACAGAGACCCUUCUCGCUCAAGGAAAUUAGCGAGGAUGUGCGGGAUGUCGAGCACAAGUGGCUGGAGCACGACGGCAAUGCGCCAUUCAUCGAAACCAGACGCACGCCGGACAUCGAGAACAUGGAUCCCGAACAGUAUCGUCAAUCCAUAACGCAGAUGAACAAUAGCCUGAGCGAGAUUCAAGCGGACAUACAGCGCCUGACGAACCAGCAGAAUCAGAUCCAGCAGCAGCACCUCAUGUCGCAGCAUCAGAAGCAAAUGCAGCAACAGCUUCAGCAACUGCAGAGUCUCAGCCAGCAACAUAUGCAAAGUUACGGAAUGCCGCCGAUGAAUCCGUUGACGCCCAGACUGCAGGAUCCCCAGCAGUCGCAGUUCUAUUUGCACGAUCAACCGCAAAUACAGAGGAGAAUGUGGGGUCAGCCGCCACCCGCCCAGAGCUUGGCCAAUGAGAUGGCUGUGGUCGGCUAUCAGCAAUCCAUGGACUCCCGAUUUAGCCCCCAACCUGCUGCUUACCAGCAGGACAUGCGUAUGUACGCGGAUCCCACGAGAACCUGGGCGGCGCCGCAUCCAACGCAAAAGGGGUUCGUACUGCAUGACACUCAGGAACCGAGGUACCUCAAUGGUGGCGAUCAUAGUCUGUGUAAUAAUCAAAUGAGCCACCCCGGCCCCACGUAUCCAGCGUCUUCGUCUCUUUUUAACCAAACGCAAGCCUCAUCCGCUAGUCCACAGCAUCGUAACGCCGUUCAUCGAAUAAGUCAGUUAAUUAGCGAAAGUCCCGAACCCAAGAGAUCAACCGUACAUCACAUCCCGAUUUCAUGUGAGAGUCCGACGGAGAAGAGACAGGUUACAGCCUUGCACACUCCGGUACCGGCUCCGCCCGCCGACGACAUGAAGCCUCAGAAUAUAUCCUUUAUCGGCAACGAUGACGACAUCGCGCAAGGCAUUCGGGGCUUGAACAUCACGUCGGGCAGUCGCACGUACAGAAUACCAUCGCCGACCAGACCCACAAUAUCGCAGAAUUCCUUCCAACCUCAUCCGUCGCUGAGAGAGGCAGCUUCGUCGCGCUCGGCUACUCCAGACGUUACACCUCUCGAUCCCACGGACGCGGGCGAGAAAGGGUUCUACAUAUCCUUCGACAAUGACACCCCCAAGAAGCCGAAGCCGACUCUCAGAGUAAAGAGAUCGUCUCCCAAGAAAGAACGGAGUGUAUCGUCGUAUAUCGAGCACGAGGACUUUACGAUGCGGCCCGAAUCGCCUCCCGCUAGCGCAAUCGAGAGGCAGAAACAGAUGGAAGCUCAGCGAGAGUUAGAACGGGAACGAUUGCGGCAAGCUGAGGAGAGGGAACAUCAGAGGCAAGAGAUGAGGGACAGGGAGCUGAAGCGGGAGAUGGAAAGGGAACGACAGAGAGAGAAACAACGUGACAGCAGUGCGGAAGGCCGACAUAGCUCCGGGGUUGGUCUGGUGAUUGGCAACCAGCUUACGAAUCCUGAUCCGAAUUCUAUGGACGAGAUGGAAAAGAAAAAGGAGAGGAUAAUGCUGCUGUCGCUGCAGAGAAGACAGAGGCAGGAGGAAAUGAAGGAACGAAAGGAAGCCGAGGCCCAAGCGCACAGGGAACAGGAGAAACUUAAAGCGGAGGAGAGAGCACGAAAGAAAGAGGAGGAACGACAGAGAAGAGCCGCUAUCUUGGAGCAUCAUAAAGUGAAGAAGGCGAUAGAGGAAGCGGAGAGAGAAGGUAAGGUAAUUGAUAAGGAGCUCCUAAAUGCAAUAAAUCCAGCGAAAUUACGUAACAAGACUGCAACCGCUCGUCCACGGCCGAAAACGAUUCACGGCGACGCUGGCGCAGUGUUGGAUUCUGGGGCUCUCACACCUAGUCGUGGAAAGAAGGGUUCUUCUUCCAACUUAAGUACAGCGUCGCUGACCUCUCCGACGAUGAGGCGAGACUACUACCGAGGUUCGCAGGAUAGUCUCACUGCUGCCCAUCUCGAUGACCGACGUUCUGGCCCUCUUUAUCGGGGCGGCAGUCUCAGGGUAUCUUCCGUAGAUUCUCCCGACGACGGUAGGGGCUCCUCGCCGUGUCGCAGCGUGAACCAGCUCGGUCGACGCGGCUCCUACAAGACCUCGAGAGAUGCGCAGGAGUCUCAGCAACAGGUUAGAGGCAGGCCUAAAUACCAGACUUACCAAAACUUUAAGGGGAGAAAGUCUAAUUCCCUGAUGAAUUUGUGCGAUUCGGACAGCGGCCUGGGCAGAUCGACACCGCCGAGACGAGCUGCCAGUCCGGGUAUAGGCAGCAUGAGGCACUUGACGUCACCCUCGGGUCCUGGCUCGUUACCACCUGCCUUGAUGACGUCCAAGAAGAGAGUAUACGACGAUGGUAGCAGCGACAUUAGCAGCACGCCCAGCUCGAUGAUGGAUUACAACGGCCCGCGACUGUAUAAACUGCCGAUAGCGAAGUCGAAUCGCAACAUUAUGCUGAACGCCGUGGAAUACUGUGUCUUCCCCGGCACGGUGAACAAGGAGGCCAAGUCGAGAGUCCUGGAGGAGAUCGGGAGGUCCGAGAGCAAGCACUUUCUCAUCUUGUUUCGGGAUGCCGGCUGCCAAUUCCGCGCUCUCUAUUCGUACUGCCCUGAAAGGGAGGAAGUAGCCAAGCUGUACGGUACUGGACCCAAACAAGUCAUCGAUAAUAUGUUCGACAAGUUUUUCAAAUACAACUCCAGCGGAAAAUGCUUUUCGCAAGUGCACACGAAGCAUCUGACUGUGACCAUAGAUGCCUUUACGAUACACAACAGCCUCUGGCAAGGGAAGAAGGUGAAUCUACCGAACAAGAAGGACAUACCGCUCGUCAUAUAGUUUUACAACAAGUGGUUCACACACUUAACAUUACCGCUACCGUGCCCUCUGUUGUUCAUAUAGUUACUAUUUUAAUACAGGCCCAUAUUAAAUUAAUGCGAACGUUGCGUUCUUAGUCAAUUUUAUAAAGACAAUUGAUCGGUGCUGACCCCUGUAUGUAAAGAAGAGGUGCAUAUGCUGGCGCAUCGGCGCGCGAUCCCCAUUCUUUCUGAAAUGAUCGCGCGCCGAUCUCCAAGGGUUACGAUGAAAGCGGGGGAUGGGAGAGGGAGAGAAGGAGACGGGCAGGUGGCAGGCGUUGUUACCAAGGAAAGAGGAUAUUUUGUUUCUUUUUCUAACGUUUUUCCCUAUUUUAUUUUCAUUUUCUUUUUUUCUCAUCGAUCGUCAGCAUCAAUCACUGUGUCAUAAAGAUUGCCGGUAUCUGUAACCGUAGGAAUGGUUUGUCGUCAAUAUUCCCAAUACGCCCUUCCCCCAUUUUUGCGGACUAACUCUUGACAUGUAACCGCCUUGUAAUUGUGUUGCGAGCGUGGCCGUUGCGACUGAGAUACGCGCGUAUGUUGAUUUUUCCUAACUUCAUUUUGUGAGCGAGAAAGAAAGAGAGAGCAUGUGUUUAUGUGUGUGCGUAUUCUGAGUAUGAAUGUGUGCGUGUGCGUACAUAUAUGUAUAAUGCGAUCCGCACAGAGAUCUUUUUCCAUCCUUAGUAGGCUAGGUAUCUAAAUUAUUAACGAUUAUUCUAGGAAGAUUGAAACUUUUUAAAAAGCAUAACGUAACAUGUGAAUGGUGAGGGACCAUUAAUUUUUUUAGACGUGUCCCGCACGCGCAAAUCGCCAGCCUCCAAAUCUGUUAUUUUCUUUUUCUUUUUUUUAUUUAUCCAGCGCGUUGCGCGUGCUAUUUUCCGCGCCCCAUGCGCGUAUCGUCGAAGAAGGAAAAGCUUUCUUUUUUUUGAUAUCUUCUUUUUUACCGGGGGAACGUUGUUUUUGAUACUCACUUGUUACUUUUUAUUGAUUGAGAUACGCAUCGUGGUAAGAUACACUCAUACUCGCCGCGGCUCGAACGAACGAACGGAGUUGAAUUAAUGAUUUCUCACGUCACAGCGCGCCACCGCGUCUUCUCUUUGCGAGAGAUGAACCUUCGCGCGACGGGGUGGCGACGGGCACAAGCGAGAAUUCAUUUUGUAAAUAAGUACGUUUGUUGCAACUGUAGCGAAGUGGGAUACAAGACCAACCUUGCAGUCUAUCAAUUUCCUCGCAAGGUACGGCGUCAGUCUGCGUCAAGAGGAGAAAACGAUACGCAGGCUGUCUUACCGAGAACGAUGUGUUUUUCGUCGGCGGUUUAAGUAGUUAUCAUCGUGUACAGAAAGCGAAUGUUCGCAUAUAUAAGUAUCGUUGCCUCGCGGAAAAAGAAAGAGAAAAAGAAGCGGGAAGAUGAGGAGAAAUAACGAGAAACACCAAGAGCGCAUAUCCAACGCUCUCCUCGGGCGCGCCUUUGAAAUCGCGCUCUCUCGGUUUGUCUUGUAAGAGGAAGGUGGAAGAUGGACGGCGUUGAGAUUACGAGUUUUAUCGACAGAAUGCUUCCUGGAGCUACGUUUCUUCGAAUAAAGCCCUGCUUCAAUUGCGACGAAUUGUCAUUGAUCUUUUUUCUUCAUUUCGAACCAUAUUCCGCUUUCCUCAGAAGUCGCGAAGCAGAGUCCGGUGUACGACGUGCACGGACGAGAGUUUAUAUGUCGUUCGGAGGAAUGUGAGAACAUCGGCGGAGGAAAGGGGACAUCAGUCGUGCGAGGACGCUCGACAAGUCGACAUUCUGCCCGAUUCUCCUCGUCGCUGUUGGUCGUGUCUCGAAGCGCGGUUCUCAUCGAACGAGGCGUGUAGUCCCGAUUUCUCUCCGCGAAAUCCACCGGGCCAAGCGAUCUAGCGGGCGGCGAUCUAUAUGCGUGUAUGCGUGUGUGCGUGUGAGUGUUUGCAUAUAUGAUGCGGAUGUAAUUUACUGAAGACCACUUAAUUUCUUGUGCCAUAAAUCUUCUCGCGCGCGGCAUUGGCAUCGGCUACUUAUCUUGUUGGAGCGGAUCUCGCGGAUUCUGCGACACAAAGCGCGAUUUCUUCGCUCUUCUCGGUCACGACGUCGCCGCGGAAACACGAUGACAAAAGAAGCUGGGGAGUAGGUGGACUUGAAGUAGAUUCUUUAUACGCGACGAUCGGUAUCCUUCGUAUGAUUGUUUUUUCGCCGAUCUUUCGGGAGUCUCUUGUCCAUGGCGACGACGAGUCGUCGACGUUAUCGAUCGCGACAUGCUCGUGAGAUCGUUUCCUCCAAUCAUUUUGUACACGUCUUCUUCUCGGCACGGACGAGCGUAAAAAGUGCGUGUGUAGGAACGAUUAUUAACGACACAAUUGUUACGAUACGACAUAUCGAAUUCCAAUGUUUCUCCGGCAGUAAUCACGGAAACGCGCGCGCGAUGUGUAUGUGUGUUUUCGACUUGCUCGGGAUGUCGGUCGGCUUCGCUUUAUCGUGUCCCGUUGAUAUGUUUUGCUAUUUAACGUCACGUAUAACCGAGGAACUUGAGAGAUUUAAACUCCGUCGAUUGUUGUGUAGUAAUCCAGAGAAAAGGAAUACGUGUGUGUGCGUGUAUGUGUAUAUGGUGAGUAUGCGGGAGAGAUUGAAAGAGAGGGACAGAGAAAAAGAGAGAAAAAAGGGCUCACUGCUCUGCAUUCCCGUCUAUUGUAGUAAAUCUAUCCAAGAUAGAUAAUCUAUGCGCGAAUAGAAACGGGAAACGGUCCGACAGUUUUGACAAUAUCGAACGUGAGAUACGCGCCAUAAGGGAGGGAAGGAGAGAGAGAGAGAGAGAGAGAGAGAGAGAGAGAAAGGGGAUUAAAAGAGAAAAGGAAGUACGAUUCUCGAAGCGGAGUGCAAGUCGCGGUAAGUCCACGGUGACAACGUUUGAGAAGUGAAUGAGAGAAAGAGAGAGAGGGAGAGGAAGGGAAAGAGCGAAAGAGAGAGAGAGAAAGAGAAAGAGAGAGAAGGAGAGGGAGAAAGGUAGAUAUGAUUGCGGUUUAAAAAAUAUAUAUAUAGUCACUAAUUUUAAGAGCCAGCGAGAAUUAUGGCUUGUAGAGAUGGGAUUGAUUAUAAAAAUUACGAGAGUAAGAGAGAUCUCGAUGGUGGUCGCUUACGUGCUUGAUAUUUAUAUUUUUUGAAAAAUAGAUAUUAUUAGUGAGCCGUGUGGGAUGGGAAAAAAUGUGGCGUGGAACAGACGCGAUAUAGUGAUCGAUGUGGGAAGGGGAUGAACCAGAGAUGUUAAAGAGGGAAAAGUGACACAGGAACCGAGAGACAUAAUUGAAAAUUGCGGUAUGACGUGAUUCGUGCGCGCCGCAAUUAUAAAUCGCGCUUACUAAUAAUAAUAUUAAUAUUAAUAAUAAUGAUAAUGAUAAAUAAUAAACGAUUACCAUUACGUAAUGAUUGCCGGUUUUUAUUGUCGCGGAAAUUUCAACGUUAAGGCAUCAGUUCUCGAACUCUAUCCGUGUGUCUCUGUAAAUAUUAUGUUUUUAUAUACACGUAAACGAGACUAUAUACUUACUCGACGAUAUGUAUAUUUAUUCAGUAACGUCACAUAAGAUUUGGGUCAUAAUUUACUGUUAGCAUCUUCGCAGCAAAUGUCAUCAAUAAAAUUUAAUAACCCAUU